GACUAAUUUAUCAAGAACACAGACUUAGCAAGAAAAGCAAUUAUGUGAUAAUGCAAAUCAAGCAGGGAUGCAGCUUCUAACAACAAUAGGCCUAUCCUUUUCCAUUUAGACAACCAAAAGAUUGAGAUGAGAUGGGAUGGGAUGGGUAUUUUCUGAGAUGGGGCCAAGAAUCCAGUAAGCUUCUUCCAGACAACCUCGUUUACUAUCUUCAACCUGCCUCUCAUAGUCACCCUCUUCUUCAAAGUUGACAUAUUUUUGCUAAGACCGGAACCACGGGUCGUCUCUUUUCUUAUUCUUGAUUCAUGACAUGUACAUAUAUAAAGAGGCUGUUUUCUUGAAUGAGUCAGUAAAGCUAAUCAUAACCUUCCAACCAUUUCAUUAGCUCUUGAUCAGUUCUUUCCCGAUAAUCAGGAAUGAGAGAGAGAGAGGGAAUGGAUGAUCAUAAACUACUGUUAUUAGUUUUGCCUAUUCUUUCACUUUGUACCAGAUAUGUUUUUGUGUCGGCUUCACAAGUUGGGGACGGGGGAGUAAGGUGCAUAGAGAGUGAAAGACAAGCUCUGCUUGAGUUCAAACAAGGCCUUAUAGACGAACAUGGCGUUCUCUCAUCAUGGGGAGAUGAAGAACACAAAAAAGAAUGCUGCAGAUGGACGGGUGUCGUCUGUAGCAAAAAUACUCCUCAUGUGAUUGGUUUGCAACUGAACGGUGCAAAACUUCGUUACCAACUGAGAGGUAACAUCAGUGGUGCACUGCUUGAGUUGCACCAUUUGAAUCGUUUGGACCUGAGUAACAAUGGUUUUCGUGGGAAUGGAAUCCCGGAAUUCAUCAGCUCUUUCAAGAAACUGCAGCAUUUGCAUCUUAUGAAUUGUGGGCUCUCAGGGAUUAUUCCUUAUCAGCUGGGGAAUGUUUCCAACCUGAAAACACUUGAUCUAAGUUAUAAUCCAGGUCUAGAGGUAGACAACCUUGACUGGCUUUCUAAUCUCUCGUUCUUGUCUCUACUUGAUUUGACUGGUAUUAAGAUAAGUGACACAAACUGGCUACGAGGAAUACGGAGGCUCUCUUGUCUUAAGGAACUGUACUUGGCUUCUUGUGACAUUCCACAACUUACACCAUCUUCUCUAGAUUUCUAUGUUAAUUCCUCUUCUGCAUCUCUUACUAUUCUUGAUCUAUCAGGUAUCAAGCUGAACUCUUUAGUAUUUUCUUGGUUAAUGAACAUGAGCAUGAGUCUCGUCAGUGUGGAGUUGUCUGAUAAUCAAUUAGAUGGUCUCAUCCCUGAUGCAUUUGGAAGUUCCAUUUUUCUUGAGUAUCUUGAUCUGUCAGGGAAUCAGCUUGAAGGUGAAAUUCCAAAAUCAUUCUCGAAAUUAAGUCGUUUACACUUUUUGGACUUGUCUCACAAUCAACUUUCAGGAUUGGUGCCAGAAUUGAGAGGGUCUGUUUCAUUGAGAGAAUUACAUCUCAGUCAUAAUAAGCUAACAGGGCUACAAGGUACAAGUUUUGGGCAACUUCCCAAGCUCGAAAUCUUGGAUGUUUCUUACAAUUUCUUACAAGGCAUUGUCUCCGAAUCCCACUUCUUCAAACUCCAUAGCUUGAAAGUGUUGGAUUUAUCCUUCAAUUCACUUGCUUUUAUUGUGACAACCAGAGUUUGGAUUCCUCCUUUUCAACUAAAUGUUCUAAAACUAGCAUCUUGCUACUUGGGACCUCAUUUUCCAAAAUGGGUUCAAACUCAAAGUAAUAUAUCGUAUCUUGAUCUUUCUUCAGCUGGUAUAUCAGAUCGAGUGCCAAAAUGGUUGUGGGAUUUGUCUCCUGGACUACAAUACUUGAAUCUUUCUCGUAACCACAUAAGUGGUAGAGUUCCAGAUUUGUCAUCAAAGUUCUCAGGUUUUCCUACAAUAGAUAUCAGUUACAAUAAUUUUUCAGGCUUCUUACCAUUAUUUAACCCCAACUCCUCAGUAUUAAAGCUCUCUAGAAACAUGUUUUGGGGAUCAAUUUCAUCGAUUUGCACCAUCAACUAUACUAAGUUGGGGUUGCUUGACCUCUCAUAUAAUCAGUUAUCAGGUCAGCUUCCCGAUUGCUGGAUGAGCAUGACAAAGUUAUCUAUUCUCAAUCUAGCAAACAAUGACAUUUCUGGUGAGAUUCCACGAACUUUAGGCCAAUCUGAUUGCUGGCUCCUAGUUGCACUGCAGUUGAGAAGCAACAAUUUGUCAGGAGAAUUGCCUUCCAAUUUGAGGAACUGCCAAACAUUGAGAUUAUUAGAUGUUGGAGGAAACCAAUUAAUGGGGAAUGUUCCAGCAUGGAUAGGAACAUAUCUUACGCGUUUGAUGGUUCUUAGCCUCGGUGAUAACAAAUUUUAUGGAACGAUCCCUCCAGAAGUAUGUCAUCUUACCAAGAUUCAAGUCUUGGAUGUAUCAAGGAACAACAUAUCAGGAAGAAUACCUGAAUGCUUCAACAAUUUUACUUCUUUUGUUCAACGUAACAGAACCACUCGAAGCUUGAUUUCGAUAACUGGAUUCGUUUUUUCAGAUGGUUCUCGCUAUGACAUUGAUUCAUACAUUGAGAAUGCUCUUGUACAUUGGAAAGGGCAGGAGGAGGAGUACAACAGAACUCUACGUUUCCUUAAACUCAUUGAUCUUUCCAACAACAGACUCGUGGGAAAUAUUCCUAAAGAAUUCUCCUUGUUGAGAGGAUUAAUAUCCUUGAACCUGUCAAGAAAUCACUUGACAGGAAACAUAGAUUCUGAAAUAGGCCAAAUGGGAAUGUUGGAAUCUCUAGAUCUUUCCAGGAAUCAGCUAUCUGGUGAGAUUCCCAUUGGCAUGGCUGAAUUGAACUAUCUGGCAGUAUUGGACUUAUCGGACAACAAUUUAUCAGGUAAGAUUCCGCCAGGUACUCAGCUGCAGGGAUUUGAUGCAAUGGUAUAUGCUGGAAAUAACGAACUCUGUGGGUGUCCUCUAGCUGCAUGCCUAUCUGCUGGUGGUCCUCGCUCUUCCCCGGUUAUUGAUCAAGACAUAGAAGACAAGAAUCUAGAUACCGGGGUUUACAUUUCUUCGGUAUUUGGUUUUGUUCUUGGAUUCUGGGGAGUCAUUGUUACUUUGAUAUUCAAAAAGUCAUGGAGAAAUGGCUAUUUUGGCUUCUGGAACAAGAUCUUGGAUUGGCUGUAUGUGACAACCACUGUAUACUUGAGACGACUGACAUGAAGCUUGAGGCUGUGGUGUGUUUAUAACGGUAUCAUCUUGUGUUGUUUUGAGGAAGUUGGGAACCUUUACAUUUGGAUUCGGUAUUACCAGAAUUAUCAGUCACUCACUCUGCUGAAAGUUGGUUUGCUUGAAUUUUGUAUACCAUCUAUGCCCACCUCUACUUAGCUCUAUUGCUUUCAAUCCAGAGGAGAACAACGAAGCAAACAUAGUAAGUUGCAGCGACGGCGAUAGACGUCAGAGUUACAGGCAAUUAGGAAGGAGAUAGCAGAAGAUUUGAAGAUAUUGGUAGAAGUAGAAUACUGCUCCAAAGAAGGAUGGAUUGGAUUCUGUAAAAACUUUGAAGACACUCUUUGAAGGAUGGACAAAUUACCACCUCUGUUACAAAGAAUUAUAUCAGCCUAUCGCAGUAAAAUUACUUAAAUUGAACAGAAUGGUGCUAAAACUUCAUCUCCAAAGAAGUCGUAUGCUAAUACAAAA